CGCGUCAGCGGCCUGCGCAGGGCCCUUGGGGCGAAUCGCGGCGCGCUUCGGGGCGACCGCCCUCUCUCGUGGGGAGGGGCGACGGGCCGGCGGCGGGGGCCGGGGCGAGCGCGCCUGCGCGCUGGGCGGCCUUUUCACGUGUCGGGAGGGCCGUAUCGCGGGUCUCUCCUUGCCACGGUGCGCCAGAGCGGAGUACGAGUCUGAGGCUGAGGGAGUCAUGGCAGGACAGGCGUUUAGAAAGUUUCUCCCACUCUUUGACCGAGUAUUGGUUGAAAGGAGUGCUGCUGAAACUGUAACCAAAGGAGGCAUUAUGCUUCCAGAAAAAUCUCAAGGAAAAGUAUUGCAAGCAACAGUAGUCGCUGUUGGAUCGGGUUCUAAAGGAAAGGGUGGAGAGAUUCAACCAGUUAGCGUGAAAGUUGGAGAUAAAGUUCUUCUCCCAGAAUAUGGAGGCACCAAAGUAGUUCUAGAUGACAAGGAUUAUUUCCUAUUUAGAGAUGGUGACAUUCUUGGAAAGUACGUAGACUGAAAUAAGUCACUAUUGAAAUGGCAUCAAUGUGAAGCUGCCCAUUCCACUGAAGUUCUGAAAUCUUUCAUCAUGUAAAUAAUUUCCAUAUUUCUCUUUUAUAAUAAACUAAUGAUAACUGAUGACAUUUAGUGUCUCCAAAAUUGUUUCCUUGUACUGAUACAAACAUUUCCAAAUAAAAAUAUAUAAACGAGUGGUUAA